GAUGGGUCGUCACCUCUUUCCAUAUUGAAAGAGGUGCAGCCGUCAGCUGCGAUCGCAAUCACGGUGGUGUACAACAAUCACAUAGACCUGGCAUCUAGCCUUGGUUGUGUAGACAGGCCAUACCGAACGAUCCGGCCCGAAGUUUCUCAGAUGCAAGAGUGGGAAGGCCAGUGCUCGAGACCUCGAUAUAAUUAGCCCUCCCAUCCCCUCCUUCCUGCUCAACAGACCAUCUCUUCUCGAUCGCAAGCCUCGCCAGAACUCCCCAAGCAUACCCCGCCCACCAUGAAGUACCCCGUGCUUCUUUCUGCCAUCUACGGCCUCCUUCUAAGCCCUAUGGCAGCUUCUGCACCGACAGCCAAGCCAUUCACACUUCGCGUCCGGGCGGAUGACCUCCGCGCUCUCCGCGCCAGAGCCAGUACCGAAGCCACGGCGCUGUAUGGGUACAUUGUCGCCGACACUGAGCUAGACAAGCGCGACGAGGAGGCGACGGCAUUGUAUGCGUAUAUUGCAGCCGACACUGAGCUAGACAAGCGCGACCAGGGGGCGACGGCGUUGUAUGCGUAUAUUGCGGCUGAUAGUGAGUUGGAAGACGAGUGAAGGCUCUCAGACCUGUCGGGAAAGCGCUGUAGCAGCAAGACACCAUGCUUAAGACUGGUCCA